GCCCCACUCUUGCUAAAUCCCUGAACAACAGCCACAGAUCGCGGGGUUGCCGAGGGGCAUAGAAAAAAAAAAUAUACAAUUUUUAUUCCAUUCAUGCAUGUCGCGAGACAAUCGCGAUUGACCACUUCUGAGCUACGUCUUAAACCAGCAACCCUUCGAUUUUCUGUCUGAAAGACCCAAUAAAUAAAUAAUUCGCAGUUUACGAAUUAUUAGACAUCAUGUCUAAACGUACGGCGGAAGUUGGAGACGAGCAUGCUCCUCUGAAAGGAGGAGUCCGUCCCGAGCCUAUGGAUUUAGACGAUAAGGAAAUGGGCGAAUUUGCCGAUGAAUUCGAGGAUGAGUUUGAGAGCGAGGACGAGAUUUUUGAGGCUGGUGUUGACGGUAGGCCUGACGCAGAGCGCGAGGCAGAAGAGAAUGCAGCUGGUGCCAUGGAUGUCGAUGAUAGUACUUUCAUCGUUGGGCGUAAUAAGCUUGAGGCCGGCCAACAUCUCGCUCCAGACCUGGGCACCUACGAAAUGCUUCACAACCUCAGUACCCCCUGGCCCUGCCUCUCCUUUGACAUCGUCCGCGAUGGUCUUGGCGAUAACCGGGAAAAGGCCUACCCUGCCACCAUGUACACCGUCGCCGGCACCCAAGCCGAAAGCGGGCGCGAGAAGGAGAACCAGCUUAUGAUCAUGAAAUUUAGCGGCCUGAGUCGCAUGCAGAAGGACGGCCAGGACUCCGAGUCGGAAGAUGACGAAGACUCCGAUGAUGAAGACUCAGAUCCUAUUCUCGAGUCCAAGUCAAUUCCACUAACCUCGACUACAAACCGCAUCCGCAGCCACCAGAUUCCCUCCCAAGACCCUUCGAAACCACCCACUACUCUCACUGCGACUAUGACCGAGUCUAACAGCAUCUUCAUACACGACGUUACCCCUCAUCUAGCGUCUUUCGACAACCCCGGCACCGUCAUCACGCCUCAACAGAACAAGCCCCUUUCUACAAUCCGAGCCCAUAAGACGGAGGGUUAUGCGCUCGAUUGGUCGCCUAUGGUGCCUGGUGGUAAGCUACUUACCGGUGAUAACGACGGCCUGAUAUACGUCACGACGCGCACAGACGGCGGGGGUUGGGUCACGGACACACGCGCGUUCCAGGGGCACACCAGCAGCGUAGAGGAGAUCCAGUGGAGCCCGCAAGAAGCAUCCGUGUUCGCAUCCGCAUCCAGCGACGGCACAGUGCGCGUAUGGGAUGUUCGCAGCAAGAGCCGGAAACCCGCCAUCACAGUACAGGUCAGCUCGGUAGAUGUAAACGUGAUGUCGUGGUCACGCCUAACAACCCACCUCCUCGCGACGGGCGCCGAUGACGGUGUUUGGGGCGUGUGGGAUCUUCGGCAGUGGAAGGGCGGCGCGCUGAAGCCGAGCCCCAUCGCCAGCUUCAACUACCACAAGGAGCAGAUCACCAGCGUCGAGUGGCACCCUACGGACGAUAGUAUGGUGGCCGUCGCCGCAGGUGACCAUAAGGUUACCCUGUGGGAUCUGUCUGUCGAGCUGGACGACGAGGAGAGUAAGGAUACGGCGGGUGUUAAAGACAUGCCGCCCCAGCUCCUCUUCGAACAUAUCUCCGAGCAUGCUAAGGAGCUCCACUGGCAUCCUCAGAUUCCUGGUACCCUGGUAGCCACAGGCCAGGAGUUUAGUGUCUUCAGACCUAUACCUGUUGUCUACGGUAUUCACGCGAAAUAAUAUCUAUGGACGUAGAUUGAAAAAUAGAUGCUUGCUUGGCGAAUACCAAAUCGUCUUUAAUAGAUGUAAGAACGAAAGAGGAAGAAACCCUCUUAUUAUCACUUCCUCGCGGACUGGAAUCUGUGAUGCCUUGGUAUCAAGGGAAGGAUUAAAACGUAUCUUCGGUAGCCUAUACAUCUGCGGCGGACUUAGCUUAGGGUUACGAAGAUGUUGCACAGGCAAGAUUUCAGAGGUAAUAUCAUGCCGUCAGCAAUCUGCUCUGCUUUAAGGGACACUAUUCGGUAUAGGAGUUGGUCGCGACGAACCUACUCGUCAGAGAUAUCUGGAAUCUAAGUUCUGGUAAUAUCUAGGUACCUAAGUAACUAUGGGGUUUUGCUAUGCAAUCUUUGCGCGGUAUAAAAUAGAACACUAGGGUAGGGUAGGGUAUCAGCUCGGAUAAUGAAAAAGGGGGAUCCCAUAAGCCUCGCGUGGCGCUUAUUCUAAAUUACUCGUUGCCUAGUCUUUACCUAUAUAUGUAAAAUCGUGAUAGAAAGACAUAGAAGGUAGUGUAGGCUGUCUUUCGUUCGGCAUUUGCCUUUAGCAAAGCGACUAGAUAUAACAGGAGCUAGCUAGGUGACUUUCUACCAGGCAAU